CUGAGUGGUAGUUUUGCAGCGAACCGGUUGCGUCGAACAGGUCUCUGAGCCUUCUUUUUUCCUCUGUGCUGAGCUGAAGCUCCCUUCUCCUGCAGCAGGUGUGAAUUGGACACUGACCCCCGCAUCUUUUCUCACUCGCCCGUCCCUGCCCUGAUCCUUUGAGGGACGGAGUCCUUCACCUGAACAGGCCAGCACUCACCUCUGGGAGUCCCAGCCUACCGUGUCAAUAAGGACAGAACUGCGGCCCCAUCCCCCAAUCACCAUGGCAGAUGGUCGGCAGCCUGAGGACAGCACGCCACAGUGGGGCCCUCCAGGAGCUCAGGACCCAGUGCCUCCUGCUGGCAACAGUGAAAAUGGCUAUUCUUCCUACAGGGCAUGCCAGCAGGGUGGGGCCCACAGUGUCUCCGCCCCCUACUCUGCCACCAAAGAGAAUGGCUUCAAUGGAGACCUGUCCAGCGGUCACAUGGUGACAGCAGAGCAAGUGUCUGCCAGAAUUGUUCAGGAGGUAACAGCUGAGGCGGUGGCAGUGCUGAAGGGAGAGCAGGAACCACACCAAGACACUACGAAGAGGUUGCCCUCAGUUGAGGACGCUGCCAACCUACCUCCCUCCCCUCCCCCGUCUCCAGCUGCUGAGCACUUCGGACCUCUGGAGGAAGACCUGAAGAUGGAGGCGGGGAGGCUGAGCGGCGAGCAGGCCCCUCCCACCGGCCUAGACUUCUCCGGAGCAGAGUCGGGUCAGUGGUCCAUGGUCCAGAACCCUGUGCCCCACACUGCAGAGAAGGACCCCAGUUCCAGAGAGGGCCCCCAGUUUCCCUCCAAACAUCCUGAUGGGGCAUUCCAGCAGCCAAUUGACCAAGCAAAGGGGAGGGAUUCAGCCAGAACAGCUGCAGAUGAAAAUUUUCCCAAGACCACUGCUGAGAAGCAGCCUUCUGUGGAAGUGCUCGAGUCCAGCAGUCUCAUGGGCAUGUCUGGUGGCUUCUCAGUUAGCCAAGACAAGGGGCUCAUGGACACUUAUGGCAAGUCUUAUCUAGGUGAUGAAAUUAAAGGGGGAGGUAAAAGCAAGGAGAGUGAAGGCCAGACUAGACACACAGACAGUCCCUCAGGUGCAAUGGACAAGUCUGGAAUGUCUGCUUACUUUGAGACAUCAGCUCUGAAGGAAUUUGAACGCAGGGGCCAAGGUGAAGGGUAUUAUGAGCUGAGUGAUGCCAGGCAGAGGACCUCAGAGAGAGGCCCAGUGGCUGCUUCUCCUUUCGAAAUUAGCUACAGCACAUUAGUGCAGACUCAGUCCUUAGAGGACAGGCAGGAGUCCAGGAGGAGCCCUGUAGAUGAUCUGAGACCUCUCCCAUCCAUGGAGAGGAAGGACGAGUGCAGGCUCUCACCUGGCAAGCUGUCACUGGAGCAGAGAAGCUACUCCCUCAAUAUCCCCAUCCAUCCCCAUGCAUCCAUGGAUCAGAGUGGUGGGCAAGGGCGACCGAGGAACUUUUCUCCGCUGGCCACUGACAUCAUGUCCUUCACUAGUGGAGGGCUGGAUUCCACGGACUACCUUCCAGUCACCACCCCCUCAGUGGAGAAGCAGCCAAUUUUUCCCCCGAUGAUUCUGGAGACGGCCGCCUCUGUCUCAACUCCCCCCUCCUCCCCGCCUGUGGUAGCUGCCAGUGCAAAGACAAGCCCCCCAACGGAGUCCCCAGAAUCUCCCUUUCCUGUAAAGUAUGACUACAGAAACGGCACUGUGAUGGCUCCUGACUUGCCUGAGAUGCUGGAUCUGGCGGGUACCAGAUCACGGCUGACAUCUGAGUGCACUGACCAGGAGGCGACAAGGAGAAAGUCCGUUCCCACUGACAUCCCGGCCCUCACAGCAGAGUCUCUGGCCCAGUUAGGCCUCGUGGACAAGAGCCAGAAGGCAGCAAAAAGUGAGAGCCAAUUAGAGGAGCUAGGGUACUGUGUUUUUAAUGAGUACUCAGGUCCAAUGCCAUCACCUGCUGAUGUGCAAAGCCCCAUGGCCUCCCCUCGCCAGAUAUUCCCCAUGAUGAUGUCAGAGGAGGAGGUGGAUGUAGUGUCAACAGCAGCUGGGGCGCAGAAAGUCCCAGAGGUGCCACUUCAAAAGGUGGAGGCAAAGGAAGAAGAAGCUACAGACGAGCAACAGAAAGAUGUAGUGAAGUUCAAAGAAAAAGAAGUUAGCAAAACUGGUCCAAUGGGCAAACCUCUUGAAGAAAAACCAAAUGAUACUGAUUUGAAGGCUGGGAUGACUGGGGACAUCAAAGACAAAAUAAUCCCUGAAGGGACAGACAAAUUCAGGGACACCUCCUCUUUUGUGGCUCCAACAGUGACAGUCACCCUGGAGGGGGCAAAGACAGAGCUGGACAAAGACAGCAAAGCUGCAGCUGAGGCCAAGGCAGAAAUAGCUGCUUAUGAAAGGCAGAUCCGUAAGCUGGAAACAGAGAAAAGGCCUUUGAGCUUAGAGGAAGAGCGUGAGCUGCAGGAGCUCAGAGAGAAAGUGAAGGACAAACCAGACUUAGUGCACCAAGAAGCCUAUGAGGAGGUUGACGCAGAGGAUGUGUACCAGCUCACCGGGGUGGCAAAGGACAGAAUUGCACAUCCCAUCAGACCUUCACCAGCAUCUUCGGUGGAGAGUGCUGCAGAUGAUGAGAAAGUGUGUGCAGUUCCAAAGGUCGAGCCCACAAAGGAGGAAACCCCGGACAAAAAACUCCCGGAUGUCUUUGCUAAACCAGUCACCAUGAUUGUCCAGGGAGGACCCAAGGAGGAAGAGGAUGAGGAUCUAGAGCUGGCAGAAGAACCGGAAGAAGUCAUGGAGGAAAUCAGAGCACCUGCAUUCCUUGAAAAGGAAAAAAAAACUAGACAGGAGGAGGAGGAGCUGGUGGCAGGGGCACGAGCAGAGGAGCCAGUGGAGCCCCGUGCCAUCAUUGAGUCAGUGGUCACCGUAGAAGAUGACUUCAUCACCGUUGUGCAGACCAUCGAUGAAGGAGAGCAGCCUGGCCACAGCGUCCGCUUCUCUGCCCCACCUGAGGAGGACAGGCCACGAGCACCCCAGGAUGAGGAGGAGGAGGAGGAAGAGGAGGAGUCUGCUGAGAUGGCACAGGAAGUGGAGAUGGAGGCCGCUAGUCUGGAGGAAGUCUUGGAUAUCCCAGAAGCCCCUGCAGUCCCCAGCCCCGUGAAGGAGGUGGCACCAGAGAGCGAGCACCGGACAGAGACUUAUGAUGACUACAAAGAUGAGACUACCAUCGAUGACUCCAUCUUAGACACUGACAGCGCCUGGGUGGACACCCAAGAUGAGGACAGGAGCAUUAUGACAGAGAAAAUCGAACCCUUACCCAAAAUGCAGACCCCUGUCAGAAAGCCCUCAGUGGAAAAGCGGGUGAAGGAGAAAGCGGGGAGCCGAGUGAAGGGGCGCGUUUCCACCCCUGAGCGCAGGCCCAUCCGGAAGGAGCCCAGCUCUGCCCCCAGGGACGAAAUCAAGAAGAAAAAAGCUGUGAUUAAGAAGGCCGAUCUUACUAAAAAAACAGACACUCAGACCCGUUCUCCGUCCCGGAAAAGUGUUUUAAAACCAUUGGCCAGGCAGUCCAGGCCUGCCCAGCAUCACGUCUGUGCUAAGCGGAAACCGACAGCUGUGGUAGUGACUGAAGGCUGGCAGCACAUCAGUGUCACCCGACACUCCCGGGAUAGGACCACAAGCACUACCCCCUGUACACUAACAAAGAUCCCCACCUCUAAAGCACGGGUGGCGGCUCUGUUGCUCCCCCGCCCCAACUCCGCCUGCUCUCUUGCUAAAAAGACCCCACUGGUGGAGGCGGACUUGUAUGGGCCCCGCCCCUCCUCCGCCGGCCCCCGUGACUCCCCUACCUUGCACAAGCUCAUAGGCAAGGAUGGAAGCUCACGGAGCCCAGAGAAGAGGUCCUCUCUGCCCCGCCCUGCCUCCAUUCUGACCCGCCGAGCUCACCCUGCAGAGCACGAUGAGACCUCGACCUCCGUCACCAGCUCUGGCUCCACAGCACCCCGCCGCCCCAUGUCUUUCUGUACUGAUGGCAGAGCAGAACACAGGUCCAGGCGCGCCCCCAGUGUGCCAGGUACAGAAACUACCCGGUCCCGCUCGGCCCGCAGUGGCGGCUCCACACCCCACACCCCAGGCACCCCGCCCAGCUACUCCUGCCGCACCCCUGGUACCCCCGGCACACCCAGCUACCCCCGUACGCCUGGCACACCCAAGUCCCUGAGCCUGCUGUCCCAGGAGCGGAAGGUGGCCGUCAUCCGCACACCUCCCAAGUCGCCUGCCACCACGCCCAAACAGCUGCGUGUCAUCAAUCAGCCGCUGCCUGACCUCAAGAACGUCAGGUCCAAGAUCGGCUCCACGGACAACAUCAAGUACCAGCCCAAAGGGGGCCAGAUUCAGAUUUUAAACAAGAAGCUGGACUUCAGUCAUGUACAGUCAAAGUGUGGAUCCAAGGAUAAUCUGAAGCACUCUCCCCGCGGAGGCAAUGUUGUAAUCCCCAGUGUAAAACUGGACUUUAGCCACGUUCAGUCUAAGUGUGGCUCCUUGGAGAGAAAGGCCUAUUCUGCAGGAGGUGGAAAUGUGCAAAUCCAGAAUAAGAAGCUCGAUCUGAGUCAUGUGACCUCCAAGUGUGGAUCACUGGACAACAUCCGCCACCGACCAGGUGGAGGCAAUGUGCGUAUUGAGAGCGUGAAGCUGGACUUUAAAGACAAGGCCCAUGCCAAGGUGGGCUCUCUGGAUAACACCCAUCACACACCAGGUGGUGGGAAUGUGCAGAUCGAGAGCCACAAGCUGCAGUUCCGGGAGAUAGCUAAGGCACGUGUGGACCAUGGGGCGGAGAUUGUGAUCCAAUCGCCCGGACUGUCGGGAACUGCCACUCCACCCCACCUCAGCAACAUGUCGUCCUCAGGCAGCAUUAACCUGAUGGAGUCACCGCAGCUCGCCACCCUGGCUGAAGAUGUCACUGCUGCACUGGCUAAGCAGGGCUUGUGAACAUCUUGCUCCACCCAUGCCCUUCCCACCCAAGCCACACCCAAGCCGUGCCCAUCCCUCCCAGCCUCCGAACUGAGGAGCUCCUCACCCCACCCUACUCAAAAAAACAAAUAAAACAACCUCCUUGAACUGUUGUGACUGUAUCUGGGAUUUUAAAAAAAAUGUCUGUGGGUUUUUUGUUCUGUUUGGUUUUGUUCCCACCACGAGGAGGUGCCCUCUCAUUUUUAUUUUCCCUGUUUAUUAGGCUUUUUCUAUGGUCUAGAUGAGUGGAUCCCACCUGGUACCAACCCAGAGGGAGUUUACAGCUGUUUGCACGAAAUGGUCUCGGGAUAUCAGGUUAGAGGUAGAUGGAUCUGGAUCAGUGUUCUGUCUAUGCUGGAGCCUUUUCUAUGAUAGCUAGGAAGCGUUUACAACAUUCCAUUAAGCAUGUGUUCUUCUGCUCUGUCGGUGCGUGCGUGCCAGGUACACAGGUACAUACACAUAUACAUAUAUAUAUGUAUAGACCAAGCUAUUGUCACCAACACCUUCUCAGCUAAAAGGGAUAACAUCGACAGUAACUUCUAUCUAAUAUUGUAUUAUUGCAAGAAUUCAUUAUGGUAUGAUGAGCAUGUAUCAAUUUUAGUGGAAAAAAGCAAAAAAACAUUAUUUUCUACUUUAAACAAAGGAUUUUAGUAAGUUAUUUCCUGAAUCAUUGGGUAAAAUGAACACUUCAUGUUUUGUAGAUUAGUUGUUAUGUCACACUUUCUGGUGACUGCAUUGGCAAUGUCCCAUGGAUCCACAUUUCAGACUUGCCUCAUGGGGGUGCUAGAGAGCUAGCUUUACCACUGACUAAUUUUACGGACACCACACGGCUCUUAUCCAGGCUUUACCGCAUUCAGCAGUGUGACUCACACUAGAUUUGCACGUUAACUGUCUUAAGAGCAACUGAAACACUGAUCCAGUGCACAUGGUCCACUCAAUAAUGCUAUUUGACUGUGUGGAGUACCAGAGAGCAAGUAUACUUUCCACAUUGUCUGGUGUGAUGUCACCUCCUGAAUAAAGGGCAGAUGGAUGUUCAAUGACUUUAACGCCACUUAUUGGAGAUUCCUCUCACCAGUGUGAACAGGGCAGGGGAGUCACGCCUACAGGCAACCUCAUGCAGGUUAAGAUGGAACCUGGGAGGCCUAAGACUUGCAGUUACCUGAGAAACUGUGUUCACAGGAUUAAGGUUAUUAUUUACGACUAUUCAAUUUAGGGAGCAGCUAUUUUGGACACCAGUGAUGUGUUCCGGACCUGUGUCAAUUCAUGUUACACUAGGAUCCUAGGUUUGUUUUGUGUAAAAAAUUAGAAAAAAAAGAGUAGGAAAAAAAGAAAGGAGAUUCACACUCACCUUGCAUCUGUUUGAUAAAGUGUUAUAGUAUAUUUUUUUCUCUGUCACCAUUUGUGCUGCCCCCUUCAGGAACCCCCAUGCCCCUCAGAUGUUUCUUCUGCUUCUGUGUUUUUUCUGCAAACCUUCGAGCCCUUGCCAGUGUAAAUGUAACUAUGAAGUCACGUAGAUGUACGCAGACCCCUCCCCCCGCCCCCCUUGAAAUAGUACUGAUAAC